CAAGAUUUGGUUCCCCUUGGAGAAAUUAAUAUUGGCACAGCUUCAUUUUACUUUGAUGCAGGAAACCGUGACAAACAGGGACUGUUUCAGAUAAAAUCUGAUGGCAAAGAGGUGUUACUGGAUGCUGGGAACCGUCACAAUAUGAUGUACUGGUUACAGGCUUUACAGAAUAAGAGAAGAGAGUUUAAUUUGUCUCGGGUCAACGUAUCACAUGAUAGGGUUGGACAAUGGUCAAAUAAGCGAGUCAGUAAUGCCGGUGGUCUUCUGUCCAGAACUGCCGGCUCAUCAGAUGUUGGAAGUCAGCCCACCGUAUUCAGUGCUAGUGAUUUACCAGAGAUUCGUGUGCCUGACUCUGACACUUACAGCAGUAACAGCAGUUUGAACUCUCUACCACCGCUACCACCGUCCAGUAGCAGACCUUUGUGGGCGCUGAAUAAUUUGAAGGCAGAGCUGCAACAGAAGUGGUCCGGCAUCAGGUUGCCAGGUAAAUUAUCUAAAGACAGUCAGCAACAAGAGUUUAGUGACAGUAUAUUUUAUUGUGACCUGAAAGUCCGUAGUGAUAGUGAACUCACCUCUACUGCCAGUGUAAACUCUGCUGAAGGUUCAGAACAAACAAAGUGUCUUCUGUUGGACAUUGAACCAGACGAUGCAGUAAAAUCACGGACUGGUUCACAAGUUUCAACAGAAAGUGAAGAAAAGGAUAUUGAACAAACCCUAUGUGCCAAAACUAACAGAAAUGUCUCAAGAAAUACAGGAAGCUGGGCUGUGAUAGAUAAAUCAGACAUUAUUGCUGAAGAAGAUGUGAAGGCAGGUAAUAAGACUGAUAACAGUGAUGAUCCAAAUGAAACUUGGAAGCCAUACACAUCUAACAGUAAAAAUCAGAGUCAGGUUGACCUUGAACCGGGUAAAUCAGGCAAGUUCAUUACAACUUUGAAAAAGAUGAGAUUUGGAAGAAGACAGAUUUCAGAACCUGGCCCAAUUCCUAGACCUAAGCCACAGACUGUGAACUCUAACAUUCCAAAACAUCAGUCACAUACCGGAGAAACUCUCCGAGACAGAUCUUCUAGUAAAGAUAUUAAUGACUUGGAGGAGGAACUUCAGGCAAACAGAGAAAUCAUAUCAUUGUUACAGCGGAAUCUUGAUGAAGUCACCAAGGAGAUGCAGUCAAGACAAGAAGCAGAAGGGGCCACAGAAGAAGAAAAGACAUCAAUGUUGGUGGAGAGAGAUAAGGAACUUGUAAGACUACAACAUCAACUUGAUAAGGCAAAACAGGAAUACAGUCUCACUGCAGAGAAACUUAGGUCAACAGAUACGGAGUUAAAGUCUAGUCAUGAACAAGUGAUGAUGUUCACAGAUAUGUUGAAAGCCAAAGAUGAAAUUCUAGUCUCCCUAUCAAACCAGUUACAGAGUGCUGAAGAGGAGAAACAAGAGCAUAUACAGCGUACAAGCAGCUUUGAUCAGCCAGAUGUGAUUCAGUCACUGUCUGCGCGUGAAUCUACUACCUCUCUUAGUUCAGAACGGGCAGAUUUACGAGAACUGGAAAGAUACAAAGAUAUUUGUCAGGGUUAUGAGCUACAACACAAGUUCCUCACCAAGGAGAUCCUGGAACUUAAUGAUCUCAGAAAAGAUGACCUGGCUAGAGAAAAGAAACUUAUGAUGGAUUUUGCCAAAAUGCAGGCCAAAUAUUACCAGAUCAAGAGCAAGUAUUAUGUGUUGUUGAAACAGCAGAAAGAACAAGGGCCAGUUAGAGAUGGUGAAGAGGGUCAGGAGGUAGUGAACCAGUUGCUGACAGAUGCCCUAGGGACAGAUGAUGAUGAUAUUGAGAUGCACCUCACUGGAAGUAUUGAAGAGUAUGACAAGUAUGGCUUCUCAAGGAAACACUACACAGAGGAGACAGAGGAAGUGGAGGAGUAUGAUCCGCUAGGUAGUAAAGCUGCUGUACUUGAGAAACAGUCUGAGGAACUCAAUACCAAGGUCAAGGAAGCAGACCAAGCUGCAUCUCUGAGAGUGAAGUGGGAGAACUAUCUGGUAGGACGUGGUGGUAAACUACAGAAAAGCACGGAGUUGAAGAUGCUGAUUAGACAAGGUGUACCACACGAGUUUAGAGAGGAAGUCUGGAAAGGGUGUGUAAAUUUUCACAUUAGUGACAUCAGAGAAAAGAUGGGCCCCACAUAUUACCAGGACCUACUACAAAGGAAAGCAUUUGCACAAGGAUCAGACCCUUCUAUUAAACAGAUAGAAUUAGAUCUUCUUAGAACACUGCCAAACAAUAAGCAUUACGAGUCAAUCGAGUCAGAAGGUAUAAUCAAACUAAGGAAAGUGCUCCUUGCAUUCAGCGAGUACAACCGGAUCAUUGGCUAUUGCCAGGGAUUGAAUAGAUUGGCAGCUAUUGCCCUUUUGUUCCUGAAUGAGGAAGACGCCUUUUGGUGUCUGGUUGCCAUUGUCGACCAUAUUCUACCUCCGGAAUACUUCAGUACAACUUUGAUGGCAGCACAGGCAGAUCAGAGAGUAUUGAAGGAUUUAGUGCAAAAUAAACUGCCAUCGGUCUACACGAAACUGGAAACAAACCAUGUUGACUUGUCACUAUUCACCUUCAACUGGUUCCUGACAGUCUUUGUGGAUAAUGUACCCACUGAAAUGUUUCUACGUAUAUGGGAUACCUUCCUAUAUGAAGGAAGCAAGGUUCUAUUCAGAUUUGCCAUUGCUUUCUUGAAGAAGGCAGAACAAGAAGUUCUUCAGCAAGAAGAUGGGUUACAGUUGAAUCGUUAUCUGAGAACUAUAGGCGAGAAAAUGACUAACGUGAAACAAAUAUCAUGGUAUGCUUUCAACUGGAUCAAUCCCUUUCCAAUGAGGCUUCUUGCUAAUAGAAGACAAUAUCAUUUACAUAUAAUCAAGGAGGAGUUAGCUGAGCUUGAUAAGUUACGACACGGUAUUCGCAUAGAAAGAGAGAAAAGUCAAGAACACGAUUACUUUAGUGAAGAUGAACUGGAAAACUGAAAUUUAGACUUUUAUAGCCAUUCCAUUGGUAUUAAAGAAGAGGUGUUAGAUAUGACCUUGAACUCUGUUUCCAUUAUAUGUCAGAGUGUGAGGAAAAAGGUGUGCAAAUUGCACAUUGAAUUUAAAUGUUCUGAUAAAGAGAUUAAUUAUGGCAAUUUGUGAUAGACAGUAAGGGUUAAUAUUAAGGAUAAACUUAAGUUCUUGGGAAACUGGAAGGAACCCUUUGAUGUAUAUCCUUAUGCUCAGUUUUGGUGCUAAUGUAGAGCAGUAAUAAAUGCAAAUAGUUCAUUGUUGCCAAUAUAGUUACAUAUCCUUCAGAUCAUUAAUAUUAUGAUUGCUGUUGUUAUCAAACAUCUGAUUUUUGAAUUGUUUAACACUGGAAAAACAUAGGUAAAUUAGAAGGAAUCAACUACUUUGCAUUUACAAAACUACUAUUGAAAAAUUUCUUAUGAAAGUUAACAUUGUGUGCCUUGAUUACACAUAGCCUUUGUUCCGCUAUCAUAUUUGGGACAGAUGUCUCGCUGUUUUAUUUUACAAGAAAAAUAUGCUGUGCAAUUUCUGUUUUUCUAAUUUGUUACUCCGUGUUGACUCAGCGUUAAUGUGUGAUAUAAAUAUGUGACAACAUUGCAUGACAUGCUUGUGUAAAUUGUGGUAGUUGCUGAUUUAUUAAAGCUAUAUGUAUGUUCAAAAUAUCACGCUGUGUUUAACAUAAUCACAUCAUAUUUUUGUUUUCUCUGUUUUUGUCAUAUCAUGUCUGAAGAACAUAUUAUUUCAAAAUAUUUUUGCAAUAGUUUUAUUAUGUUGUUUUGUUUAUAUUUACUUAUGUCUUCAAAGCUUGUUGAUUUACUUUUGAAAAGUUUCUUGUAAACAAAUGGACCUAAAAAUAAUCAUUCAAAUUAGAAUAUUUGUAAACAAACUGUAUAAAGUACGUGUUUUAAGGGUUACCGGACUGUCUCUCAUGUUGACAAUUGUACACGACACCAUUCCAUUAAAAAAAUCUGAUAAUCAUUUUUGUCAUAUUUUUUUAUCAAAAUUAUCAAAACUAGUUGUUUCUAUGUAAAGAAAUGAUAGAAACUGAUGCUGAUGUGCAAUAGAAUGUUUUUAUGCCAAUAAUUUGUUUAAAUUGUACCAAUGUAAUUGUUACAUUUUUGCCAGUUGUUUUGUACCAUGUUUUUCCUACAAUGUUCCAUUUGAAAAUUAUUUAAAAAUGUAUUUUUUAUUUGCGGUAUGUGAGAGAUAUAUUUACUUUGUUAUAUAAAUGUUUGUCUAUUUUUAUAAAUGACCAAGCUGCCAAGGUCUAUAUGAACACUCUUUGUAUUGUCAACGGAAGCUUUCUGGUUUAGUCUCCUGGCUGGACAGGUUUUAUUGGAUUGGAGUGGGGGGAGUGGGAAGGGGUGAUAAUAUACCAAAAACUUCAUAAUAUAAAUGAUUCAUUCUUCAAUGCGAGUUCUUGACAGAAUUCACAACUGGGUUAUUUGACAUUUACACAUGGCAUCAUUUCAUUCGGUCAGACCAAAAAUUAAUAAUGUGAUAAUGUGUAUUGUGCAUACAAAUACUGAAUGUUGAAAUAAAAAAUAUGUAAGUUACUUUAUUAAGUAUGAUAAGAUAGUCUUAGAUACCAUGUGCACAUCAAUGUUUUUCACCUGUCUAAUGUGGCCAAAAAGUGUACACAUUUUAAGACCUUAUUAUAACUGGUUAAGUCUCAAUUUCUGUUCAAUAAAAACAAACAUUUGCGA